AAAAACGCAAACGUAAUCUUAGAACUCGACACUUAAAACACUUCAUGGAAACCGAAACCCUAGUGGACGAGUUGCCGGUGGCAACCGCAACAGCGGUGGCGCAGCCGGAAACUCCACUGCAACCCACUUCAUCGAACGCCGCCGACGGAGGAGUGAGUGAAGAAUUUUUAACCCCAGAAGAGUUGGUUGCUAAAUCCAAGGCUCCCGUGAAGAGAGAGUAUCUUCGCCCUCCACCUUCCAGACCUUCUACUAAUAACAACAACAACACCACUGUCGGAGUCGAAAAUGAUGAUGCAGCUGAGGCCAAAAGAGCUCCUCUUCUUAAGGACAAAAAAUCCAAACGCCAAAUUAAGCGUGAACGUCGCGAGGAACAAAAAUCUCCAUUGCAUCUCUGUCCUGUGGUGGCCAAAUCAAGAAAAGUUAGUGCGUGUUCAUAUGGUGAUAAAUGUCGGUUUAGUCACGAUGUAGAAGCUUUUAAAGCUGUGAAACCAGCUGAUAUAGAGGGUAGCUGCCCUUUUCUGGAUUAUGAAGGGCCAUGUCCUUAUGGAUUGGCUUGUAGGUUUGCAGGGACUCAUAGAGACAAUGUUUCAGCUCCAUCUGAGAAUUUGCCUGGGAAGAGUUCUGAACUAAAUUUUUUCAGUAAGGACACUCAGAAGCUUCUGUGGAAAAACAAAAUGAAGUUUCCCAAGGCUGAAGCCACUCUCAAACUUCUUGGACUUAAGGGCAAUCCUAAAGAUAAAACAUUGGCCGAUAAUGUGGAAAAUGGCCAAGUCACGCCAAAAGAGCCAGCCACGGACACCAAAACAGACAGCAAUGUAGUUGCUAAUGACAGUGUCAGUCCUUCCAUUUCACCAGAAGAUGAUGUAGAUGGAAAUAAUUUGGCUGAUGAUGCUAGACCUUUAAAGAAGGCAAAGUCAUCUGUCAGUGAAAUUUGUCCCUCCCAAGUUAGCAGUGGUUUAAGUGUUCAAGGGGGAGUUCCUGAUGACAACUUUGGUGUGAAUAAAUCAGAGCCAACUGCUGAUACGAUGACAGAUUCUGAUAAAAGCCUUAAAUUGCACCCCCGUGAAAAAAAACUUAUUGAUUUUCGAGACAAGCUCUAUCUUGCUCCUUUGACUACAGUUGGGAAUCUGCCUUUUCGUAGAGUUUGCAAGGUGCUAGGAGCUGAUGUAACAUGUGGAGAGAUGGCAAUGUGCACAAAUCUCUUGCAGGGCCAAGCAGCUGAGUGGGCACUGCUGAGACGGCAUUCAUCCGAAAAUUUGUUUGGUGUUCAGAUUUGUGGAGCAUUUCCAGACACUAUUACAAAGACAGUUGAGCUUAUAGAACAAGAAUGCUCUGUGGAUUUCAUUGAUAUUAACAUGGGAUGCCCAAUUGAUGUUGUGGUUAACAAGGGUGCUGGAUCAGCUCUUCUUACAAAACCAAUGCGGAUGAAGAGUGUAGUAGAAGCUGCUUCUUCAACAGUUAGUACACCAGUAACUAUCAAGGUACGAACUGCUUACUUUGAGGGGAAAAAUCGCAUUGAUUCUCUAAUUGCAGAUAUGGGUAGUUGGGGUGCAACUGCAGUAACCAUACAUGGCCGAUCACGUCAACAGCGCUACAGUAAACCUGCUGACUGGGAUUACGUGUAUCAAUGCGCACGGAAGGCACCCAAGUCAUUACAGGUCCUUGGAAAUGGUGAUGUAUUUUCUUACGUAGACUGGAACAACCACAAAAUUGAGUGUCCUGAACUUUCUACAUGUAUGAUUGCUCGAGGUGCAUUAGUAAAGCCUUGGAUAUUUACCGAAAUCAAGGAACAGAGGCACUGGGACAUUACAUCUGGCGAGCGGCUAGAUAUUUUGAAGGAUUAUGCACGGUUUGGCCUUCAACACUGGGGUUCUGAUUCGAAAGGAGUAGACACAACCAGACACUUUUUGUUGGAGUGGCUUAGCUACACAUGUCGGUACAUUCCAGUUGGCCUGUUAGAUAUUAUCCCACAGAAAAUAAAUUGGCGAUCACCCUCAUACUACGGCAGGGAUGAACUAGAGACACUAAUGGCCUCUGAUUCUGCUGCUGACUGGGUAAGGAUCUCCGAGCUGGUACUCGGGAAGGUUCCUUCUGGCUAUUCGUUUGCACCAAAACACAAGUCCAAUGCUUAUGACAGAGCAGAGAACGGCUAAAGACCAUUUUGUUAUUACUGAUUCUAAUUUUUGCUGAGCUCCUCUCAUGAUCAGUGGCUUAUUUAUCAUCAAGUACGAGAUCGAUAUGUCGAUUCAUAAUAGCUUACUGUUGGGGCUUUUAUAUAAGCCCUUACGAUUUUGUUUAUCCAAAAUUCAAUAUUAUUACAGUUUUUUUUAUUGAUAUGCUCAACUGAGAAGAUCAUUCUUCUUGGUUAACUUAUUAAAAGUGUUCAUUUUGGAUACGUGAAUUGUAUUUGUAGAAAACAUGAUAUCUAGUUUUAUAAGAUACUUAUUUCAAUUAAUUCCUUAAUUAA